AUGACGCAGCUCCUGAAGCAGAUGCAGCAGCUCCUGAAGCAGAUGCAGCAGCUCCUGAAGCAGACGCAGCAGCUCCUGAAGCAGAUGCAGCAGCUCCUGAACCAGACGCAGCAGCUCCUGAAGCAGACGCAGCAGCUCCUGAAACCACUGAAGCAGAAGCAGCUCCUGAUGCAGAUGCAGCUCCUGAAACAGAGGCAGCCCCUGAAGCAGACGCUCCUGAAGCAGACGCUCCUGAGGCAGACGCAGCACCUGAAACAGACGCAGAGGAAACGGAAGCCAAGCCUGAGCCUGCUGCUGAACCUGAAGCGGGAGCUGAUGAUACUGUGGUUCCUGAGGCUGGUGAAGCAGAACCAGAGCUUACUCCAGAAGAACCAGCGGCUGCUGCUCCAGCAGACACAGAAGCAGACACAGCUGCAGCAACACCAGAGUGGACCUGUGGCCCCAGCAACAGCAGAUACAGAUGUAAAAGAUACUGAGGAGAACCCAACAGAUCCUGCUGCUGAAGAAACACAACCAGGCGCUGAAGAACCAAAAGAGGUGGUCCCUGUGGUCCCAGGGUCUUUUGACCUGGAAGAUGCUCUGCCAGAAAGUGCUGCAGAGGACAACUCAGGAAGAAGCGGCAAAAUGGGAUCUGGAGCACAUGCUGAAGGUGCCAUAGGAGAUGGAAAUAAACCUGAAGCCCAAGAGGCCAGCUCCGGCUCUGUAGCAGGCAUCCUAAGUGCAGUUGCCGUGGCCAUAGUGGGAGCUGUUACUGGAUAUUUCACAUACCAGAAGAAGAAACUGUGCUUUAAAAACAGACAAGAAGCUGAUCCUGAAGCUGCCCGCAAAGCUGAUACUGCAGAGGCUCAGUCAGAUCCCCAGGUCCUUAGCAACCUGCUAAACUCCUCCUAAGGUAGCAAUGGAUACAUGACAGCUUGGACCAACUACCGGCAAGAAAGUGGCAAUCUCACUGUUAGGCUCUAUCUGUAGAGCUAAAUUACUGUGAGGCCCCAGAGCAGGGCUGUGUGUGUGUGUGUGUGUGUGUGUGUGUGUGUGUGUGUGUGUGUGUGUGUGUGUGUGUGUGUGUGUGUGUGUGUGUGUGUGUGUGUGUGUGUGUGUGUGUGUGUGUGUGUGUGUGUGUGUGUGUGUGUGUGUGUGCGUGCGUGCGUGCGUGCAUGUAGUCUAGUGUCUGCAUAUACAUGGGGAGAUAUAAGAGAAUCAACAGGGGUUUUAUUGAUUGUUACUACAAUGGAAUUUAUUGAAAUAAUCACACCAUCUUUCCACUUUAAACCAAAUCAUACAAGUGGACAUAAACGAGAUUUAAUCUCUAGUUAACCAUGAAAUGGCAAUGAUAUAGAACUACCUUUUUCUAUGGAUACUAUAUAGUUCUAGUAAUUCAAUGUGAAUAUAAACCAGUGAAAGUUAUUGAUGUUGUAGAGGUCUAACUUUUUACUGAAAUCGUAUAAGUGGAUUUUAUUUAGCUUAUUCUGUCAUUGUUUGAGCCACCAAUAUGCUUUUAAAAAAUCCAUUGGCAACAGUCACUUAAUUAAAUAUGUUUUUUAUUGUCUGCAGUAGAAAUGCAGGAUAGAUGAAUAACAGGGGGCUUCAAAAAGUACCACUGUAUUUCCUGGCUUAUGGCAUGGAAAAUAGUGUAUGAUUAUAAUUCUAGGAUUUAUGGUCCAAUGUGUGUUCAGGGGGCCACUGAUGUCACUGUGUGUGUGCGUUCUUGUUUUGUCUGUGUGUCUUUUUUUAGUUGGUGAUGGGGCUUAGUUUUAAAUCCUGUUGGGGGACUACCACUUCUCUUCAGUCAGUUCAAUAAAUUAGAGUGAAAGCGUGAAAUUUCCAAUCAAACACACUAAAAAUUCAAAUGAUACAGACUCAUUUAUUUCAAAUUGAUUAAGCUAUCAAUUUGUAUUGUAUAAUUAUAUAAAUACCUAUAUUUAGAAAUGUACUGAGCUGAAGUGAAGUCUAGUCCAACUCUAUUUCUGUCAAUGGAUGAAUAUUUACCUGACAUGGACAAUUUCAAAGAUGUCAUGUAGUUAUGUAUUAGAAAUUGUUCUGAUGUAGUCUGUGUCAGUCUAGUUGUGAUGCAGUAAUUUCUCCUCUAUAGUGCCUUCACUGACACAGCCUGGCUUGACCAAUCUACAGACACACAGGGAAUAGAGCUAGGACAAAAAAGGGAAAACAGACAAAAAAGUAGUUGAAUGUAUUGAAAAGAUACUAGACAAUUGUGGAAUGUAUUAUGUUGUUUGAGUGGUAAUCAUUUUGGUGUUAGAAAAGCCUUACCUUAAACUGCUUGUGAAUGUGAAACUGUUACGUCAGUGUGGCAGCUGCUGUAUGUGUUCGCAGUCGGCGGUUUUCUGUUUAAUUUCCAGUACAUUUUGAACUAAUAAUGCAUUCCAAACUCUUAACAGCCUCAAAAUUCAGCAGUAAAAUUCUCAUUGUGUGUCUUUUUAUUUGAGCAAGCCAGUUGCUGUCACAGUGUUUUUGUAUCAUUCAUAUUUCCAAGUUAGGAACAUCAUUCACCUGUGAUUUUUGUAUAUGAAUUUUACAUUUAGCAGCAGCCAUCUUGUUGCUGUGGUAUUUUGUGAAUAUCAUUGUAAAAUGCCGCAGAAACAAAGCUACUGCAUUGAAAAAAACAACAGUUAUUUUUCGGCUGUAGCAAAAAACAAAUUUAACUUCUGAAUGUCUUUUUGUUGCCUUGCAGUUUUGUACUUGCUCUGCCCCCUUUAAACCUUAAAAUAGGGUUAUAGAGGUUGCAUAGUGCUGCAGUUCAUGUAAAGUGUGUUACUUGUAAAGCACCAUAUAGCUGCAAUACAGGACAGAGACUGUUGCUAACAGCCUAGCCUCAAGCUGAGAAAUAUAAUAGUUUGUGAUGUCACAUAUUGACUUAUCCUACUGUGUAAACUGUGGGCUGGAUGCCGGGCCAAAGUUUGAAAUGCCUUCUGAUCUUGUUAUCUAUGAUGGGGUUUCUCUAGACACAUUAGAGCCAAGUGAAGAGUGUGUCUGAAAUCUCUUACUGCAUCUGCUAUAAGUGAUAAUGCACAAAAUACACACUAAAUAACAGUACAAACUUUCAGAUAUAGCCACAGAUGCCUUCAAAAUAAAACAUCCUCCUUUAUAAUGCAGUACUUGCCGUCUUUGUGCACUUCAUUGAGUGCCACAGGAAUCACAAAAGAACUCUUCUGUCCUGCAGUGCACAUUCAGAAACCUCACUGGGACUGAUUUGAUGAAAAGAAGACUGCAACUAAAAUACAUCCCUUAAAAUUGCACAAGGAAUGCUUGUGUUUUCAGCAUCAUGGUCCACUCCACAGUUAGUCCCAAGAAGUCACAUUCCUUGUAAGCAAACUAUUGGAGCAUAGUUUCCAAACCAGAAUGUAAAAUCAAGGAAGUUGUAGACUUACUGAAGUGCACUUCGCAGAUAAUGCUAAGGCAUCAGUCAUGGCGCUAACAAGUCCUGCCUUAUACCGCCUCUUGACUAUUUCAUAGAGGGAAACAAAGAACAAAAUGUCACCAUCAGAAAGUAAACAGUUAAACAAGAAGAGAAGUUUUUGCAGGUGAUUUGAAUAACACGAACUAUAUAGGGGAAGCUCUUUCCUAUCCUGUAUACAUCUUGAUUUAUCAAACAUAUUUAGACAAUUCAUUUUCAAUUUAGACUAGUGUCUUCUACUUUUAUUUAAGUAUGCUGAGUUUUCAUUUAGUUUUGGAACAAUCUUUUUAAUUUUUUUGUCAUCUGGCACUUGUUGUUCUUCUGGAAUUGUGUAAAUAAUGUUUGAGGAGUCAAUUAAACCGUUUUCGUGGGA